GGAAGUUGUUGCGUUCUCUUCCGGUUUCUUCUGCUUUGGGCGUCGUUCCCACCCAGCCAGGUGUUUGAGGGUCUCGAGGGUCGAGGCCGCCGCGGGCGGGAGGCGCCAUCAUGCCCCGCUAUUACGAGGACAAGCCAGAGGGCGGCGCGUGCGCGGGCGUGAAGGAGGACCUGGGCGCAUGUCUGCUGCAGUCGGACUGUGUGCUCCAGGAAGGAAAAUCUCCUCGGCAGUGUUUGAAGGAAGGAUACUGCAAAGCUCUGAAGUAUUCCUUUUUUGAGUGUAAAAGAUCAAUGUUGGAUGCUAGAUCAAGAUUCAGAGGAAGAAAAGGAUAUUGAUACCAUUAUGUUGAAAACAAGAUGAAAACACCAGAGGAUUUUCCCACAGAAAGCCACAAGAGGAAACAUGAGCUUUGCUACAUUUGUUUGGUUGGAACAGUUCCCCUUCUAUGGAACGCUGGAGAAAAUGGAUGAAUUCUGGUUUUGAAUAAGUAUAAAGUGAAUGCCUCUCUGAAUCUAAGUUAUUUUUAGUAAGUUUAAUUGACAGUUAUAGGCCUGGAGCAUAAUGUGUUUUGAGAACUGUCCUAAAAUACAGAGAAUG